AUGUCCGUCUCACCACCGCCACCGAAGCGCCAGAAGAUGGAUUCGCCGACCAGCCAGCCGUCCUCUGCUGAGCCAUCCGCUCUCCUCGACUCGGCCGACACCCCCGUGGGUGGUUCCCAGGCGAUUCAGUCCCAUGCGGAUAGUGGCGAACUGUCGUCUCGGGUGCCAAACGUCAAUGGCCAACCUGCCAUCCAGGGUGUCAGAUGGCCUUCCAAUUGCAUUCCUCACGAGAUCUACAAUCUCAUCGCGGACUACCUGUCUCGCUCCGACAUCCAGAACUUGCGCUUAGUGAACCGCGAGUUCGACCACAAUCUGUCCAGCCGUUACUUUAAUAACGUCGUGGUCACUUUCAGACCCGAAUUCUCCGCCUUGUAUGGCUCGCUCGACUCAGGCCUCGGCGUGAUGAUCGACUCUCAGCAGGGCGCAUUGGCAGGUCAGAUUGAUCACAAUGUGGCAGAGAACUCACCUCGCGCUGGAAGCGAUAGCGCGUCCACACUCUCCCGCAAUGGCUCACCUUCCAAAACCAACGAGCUCCCCACAACACGAAAAUCGGUCAUGUCAGACGGAUUUCGAGUCUUCCAACAAUUCGGUCCAGAGACAAUCAAGAAGUUUGCUCUGGCGCUCGAGCUGAAUGAACUCGAUCUGGCAUAUCCGCCGGUCAAGCUGAGCCAGGAAAUCGUGAAGGCCCCUUGGGGUCUCUACCGCUGGCCCAUCAAAGAAUAUCCCCGAUAUUCAAAGCUAGAGGGCUUGGAGAAGCUGGCCGACGAGACCCAGUACAUGAAGGAGGCAUUUCGUUGGCUGACAUCAGUCAAUGAGAUAGGCAUUUCGUGUGAUGCUGGCCUGGGAUAUCUCAGGGGCCCAGACAAAAACCACCUCUAUCAGCCUCUCUCACUCUCUGUUUUCAAGCCUACCAACUACCAUCAGGACGAGAAUGAUCACCAUUGUAGUGCAGAAGAAGCCGACGGCAGAUCCAUGAGCCUGAUCAUCUUGAAGCAGAUGGCCAUGAAUGCAGGCUAUGAUGAUAACGAGUGGCACUGGGCAGUUCUUCGGCUGUUGGAGGAUGAGGGACGCAAUGUUCGUUGGGUUGAGCAGCGCAAUGCCAAUGGCGAUAAGAUCGCCACCGCAGUGCCCCGAUACCCAGUCGACCAAACUACGACGAAGCAGGAGAUACUCAAUAUCAUCGAAAGUCUGAUCAAUUCUCCAGAGAUUAACAACCCUAGAGAGGUCGUUGAGGAGAACAUGGAUGUGGCAGUCUUUAAUGAUGACCUUCCAGGCGUGCGAGUGCAUGCUAGAACCAUUUAUCGCCGCCUAAGCCAUCCGCCACCUCUUUCCAUCCCGGAGCUCCCUGCGACAAAGUCAAUUGGUCUUGUACCUUCGAACCUCACCCCUGCUCAAGCUGAGAUGCUUCUAGAGCUCGACUGGGCCCACCGUGCACUGAUGCAAUCAUACGUCAUUGCCGUCAUGGACAACAAGGACGCCUUUUUGAACCUGACCACCCUCACCGUUGCCCGUAUUUCGGGCAGUCACAUCGAGUUUCUCUGCAAAGAUGAGUUCUGGGAUGCAUUGACUUCGGUGACCAACUUCUCCAUCGGUGUCAUACCGGAAUGGCGUUCAAUUAAGAAGUCUGACACUGGAAUCGAGCAGAGACAUGAGAACCCACUGGACACGUACGCCCAUGCUUUCAAGCUACUACACGAAUACGUCGGCAAGAGAGAGAAUAUCAAGUCACUGCACUUUGAGUGGAUAUGCGGCGGCGAGUUUGCUAUGGGCAUCAGCCAACGCGAUCGAUAUAUACUCCCCGCGCCUGUCUUGCAAAAUGCUGUCCAGCAGCUGCAGAUGAUGGGUCCUGGCCACAACGUAGGCCAUCUUCCGAUAGCCAUGAACACUUCAAUCAUGCCACCUGUGACCAAUCCCGCAGUCGGCAGUAUCUGCCGCUGGCGCUCCUUCUCCUGGCCGCAUGUGCUGGCCAGCCUGUCGCUCAACCCAGAUGCGGUGAAGGAUUACUACACGACCUGCACCUCCGACGAUCGCGCACACUACCGCGCUAUGAAGGAGCUCGAGCAGUUCUUCGUGCCGCAGGUCCCUCACAAGACGAAUAGACUUCAGUCUGUGAAGUUCAAGUCGUGCGGCUACGCCAUAGUCGACCACCCCGCCGUGAACAACUGGGACAUGAUCCCCAACGAGUACCUCCUCGUCGCGCACCGUAACGAGCUGCCGCGCGAGCUUAAGGAUCUCGACGGCGCCAUGCUCACCUCCAACGAGCCGCUGCUCGCCAAGACGCUCAACUACAUCUCCGACGAGGAGCAGCACGUCCUGCGCUCGCUCCACGGGCUCAACUUUGGCUGGCAGCACAUCUACGACGAGGUGCUGAUCGACAUCGCCAAGGCGGACGGCAAUCCUGAUCCCGGCGCUUGUCGCUUCUACGGCGAGAUCGUCAGGGACAAGACCGCGCCAGAGGCCGAUCUCGUGUCUACUGCUUGA